AUGUCGAUGCCUGGAAUAGACUCCUCGGGCCCCAGCAGCUCUCCCGCCAAGACGAGAAUAUGCAAGAAGCUCGUUAUCAAAGGGCACGCUUCGAGCUCCAGCGCUUCCUACACCCUCUUCUUGAAGGUGCAGGUGCCCAGAUCCAGCCAUCAAGAAUUCCACGAGCUCCUGCAAGACCCUCAUAUCAAGCUUCAGGAUGCCAUCGUCCACCGCUUAGAUGCCUCGGGUGCCGCGCCUGCCCUGUCCACCUCAGCUGCGACUGCGGCCAGCUCCCUUGGCAUCCCGCUUUCAAUCGGUCAGGAAAUGAGCGACAGCUUCAUCGACCAUACUCCUAGAAAGGGCGGAAGGAAUAGCAUCUCACCGAGAACCAGUGACGCCUCCGAGCUUCCGACAGUCAUUCAAUGUGGCGAUGGCAAGGUCAGGCUUCGCACGUCUAGCCCAUCUAGCCCAAGCUCGAAGCACGCCAAGCCGUCUCAGCACGACCAUGAUUCCUACAUGUUGACGCUUCACUUGGUCGCCGAACCACUUUCGACGCCGCCUCUUGCGCCAUUCUCUGUCAGACUAGCUGUGCCGGUCUGUCUCAACAACUUCCUGCGCCUCACGGUGGAUGAGUCCAUCGACGCCAACUUCAGCGAGCAAGGAAUGGCCGUCGAAGUCGAUCCGCCCAUCCUGCCCAUCGCAAGCGCACGCAAGCCAAUUCGCAGGCGCAGUUCCGCAGCAUCAUCCCAACGAGCUCUCAGCCCAGAUACGCUCUCUGAUGAUGAAGCGGAUGUCACCCUGCUCGGAUCCGACUCGAUGGACGAAGCCGACCUGGACCAGGACGACACUGCCAUCGUCGGUCCGUUUCAAGCAUGCGAUGCGCUUGUGAUCCGCAUUGCUGCACAACGAGCUGGCGACUUGGUCACUUCCGAACCGCCUCUCCGCGCUCUACCAAAUGCGCUUCGGGCAAAAGAAGCGGUCAGUUCCAUGACCUAUACCCCGACAAUAUCCGAGGAUCCCAUGCCAUCAUCUUCAUUGCGAGCCGUCUCGGAUGAUGGGGCGACCAGGAUCAGCUUCGAUGCUACGCUUCAGCUCCGAGACCUUUUCUUCCCUGGACUCGAUCGAGAGGUACAGCUGUACGUUCAGCUCGCACCGGGCGCCUCGAUAUCAGACUGGCGUCCCGUGGCGGUCGAUGCAUCCAGAGGCAUCUUGAGCUGGUCUUUCGGUCGCAACGCUUCGACAUCCUCGUCUCCCAGUCAGCCGGCCAAGGUCACAGCGGAAGGGAGUCGAGGACGAUCGCCGACGUUCGAGAUUGGCGACUUGGUGGUCCUGCCCGAACCGAGUCAGCAAGGAACGGAUGACGAAGACCUGCUUCACGUCGCUCCUCCAAAGGGCCUCAAUGAUGCUGAUCUCGACUAUUCACUCGACCUUGCCGCCGCGCCAUCCGCCACCACCAAGCGAAGGCGAUUCUCGCUGCAAUCCUCGACCAGCACCCGUAAUCUCCCCUCUCAGCCCCCGUCCGAGCCCUCGGACUCUUCCAACGCAUCGAGCGGCGUGCUUGCCAUCACGUUCAGCUUGCUGCCUGUUCUGCAAAGUAGUGACCCGCUGUUCAUCUCUGUUCGCGGUACGCUCAUGUUGACCGACACACCGAAUGGACCGCUGCAAAGCCGUGACCUCGUCAGCCUUCCACACGGACUCUUUGUCCCCGCCGCGAUGACGCAUGCUUACGAGCAGCCCAGAAUAGCUCACGAUGAGUCACAACUUGUCCAGCCGCAAUCUACGAACCAGCCGCAAGAGUCGCUAGAGGACUCGCGCGAGACUGUCCAGCAGAACCAGCCGCACGUUCAAAGCAUCACCAUGCUGCACGGAGGGACGACAAGUCCCGUCAGCGAUGCAAAGACCGAGGAGGUCCUGCGCCAGGCACUGGCCGUGAUUGCGGCGCACAACGAGACUUUGACGAACGCUGGUCGUCUGGAAUCACCGCGAUCGGAAGGAGGAGGCGGCAAUUGGAUGUUGCGCACAUCGCAUCUGCUCUGGACACUCUUCCUCACGGCCAUGGUCUUCACGCUCUUCAACGCGAGCCAGACCGCUAAUCGCGCCUUGUCGGCCAAGCUCGAUGAGCUAUCUCGCAUCGUGGAGGCGUCUGCUGGAGUCGACCAUUCGAGACUCUUCGCUGCCAACGCACUCGGCGACUUCCCAUCAAGCGCCUCCGAUACCGUUGCUCCAGCGGUGGUUGCUCCAGCAUUCGAUGGAGGAGAAUCAGACUCGCUCGAAGACAGAUACUACGACACUGUCGACGUAUCCUCGGACACACAACUCACGACUCAAGCGGUUGAAGCGGACACAGCGAGCUCGCCCGGGUCAAACACGCUCGCGUCCGACCGCACAGAGCUGCAGCCCAUACACAACACGCACAGUCUAUCGCACUACGUCUCGGACUGGCUACACGAUCUCCUGCGCAUGCCCGUCACCAUCAUCCGAGCUUUCCUGAGCAUCUUCAUCGGCGCAUAA